GACACGGUAAUGCGUUAAGACACUCUGUUAACAUUCGUGCCAAUUACAGAGUAACGAUUCUUCAUGGUGUGCUAUCUUUGGAUUCGAAUAAAUCGAAGAUAAAUAUUUGUCGACUCGCGGAAACAGUAACCGUGUUUAGAAAUUAAUUUAGUCGUCGAUCUAUGCUUGAUCUCGUAAGCCUUGCACGACAAUACGACAUACGCCUUGCAGUCGUCAUCGUCCAAAAAUACUGAGAGACGAAACGAGCAGAGAUCAAUUAACGUGAAAUCGUAUAAUCCUGUCAUCGAAGAACAUCACAGCCAUGGAUAAAGCGAAGGCGAUAAAUGAUAGUUGGGGGCUACCACCGCUUCGUAGUUUAAACGAUUUUCUGUUGGAAUCGCAGCGUUUUCAGCUACCCAAUUUUACAGACUUUGAGAAAUGGGGAAACAGAGUAGUGAAUAAUCUUAUUUACUACCAAACGAACUAUCUUUACAUGUCCAUUACUAUUAUACUUCUCGUGGGGUCAAUGAAUCCAUCAAAAAUGUUUCUUGGUUUGUUAGCGAUGGCAGUGGUCUGGGGUCUAUGCCUUUUUGUAUUUGCUGAAAACGAGGGAAUGAUACAUCAAGUUAAAAGACAAUAUCCACAACUUCAGAUCAUUUUUCUUGUUAUCUGUGCAUGUUUUGUGGUUUACACCAUAAACUCGAUUCUUUUGUUGUUAUUUAGUCUUUUAUUGUCUUUUGGUGUGACUUUUAUACAUGCAUCCUUGAGACUUAGGAAUCUUAAGAAUAAACUUGUCAACAAAAUAGAGGGUAUGGGAUUGGAGCGCACGCCAAUGGGUGCUUUCUUAAAAUAUUUUGAAGAAUCCACUGGUAUAUUCUUGCGCACACAGACAACUCUUACCCAAUCGCUUCAGUAGUAACCUGCUUUGCACAUCAAAUUAUAACAACGUUUGCCAGUGAAUAUUUAUCACUAAUAAUCAUCCAGUGCCCCCUUAAAUUGAUGGGAAAAUGUUCCUAAAUAAGUAACACGGUGAGGACAAUGUAUUUUAACAUUUUCAUAACAAAAUUAGAAAAGUAUAUAAUAAAAUUAUAUUACCAAUUUAUCUAAAGUUUUUUACAUGUAAGAAACUAGUCUGCAAGUCUAGAAGUUGGAACCUUACUCGCGAAUUAUAACUAAUAUUUAUCUUUUUAGUUGUUUGAUAUAUGUCGUAGUUGUAUAUCAUGUGUGAUAAUAUUAUAAAUAAUCGUGUCAUUUGUACAGGUAUCGUAGUUCACAGAAAUCUUUAAUGUUCGCUAUUUUGUAAUAUAACUCUUUAUUAUGUUAAUCUAUUAUCUUUGUAUUACAUUAAUGUAAAUAAACAAAAUAAUUUAAGUA